AUGUCAAAACAACUAUCUUUGUAUCUUUUUGGAGAUCAAACUUUCGAUGUUCAACCACACUUGAAACAUUUACUGCGGAAACGAGAUAAUGUAAUCCUCGAGGAGUUUGCAUCGAGAUCUUAUGAUGCCAUCCGGACUGAAAUUUACAAGCUGCCAACGCAGGUCAGAGAUGAUCUUGAUCGAUUUACCUGUGUGGAUGAUUUAGUAUCAUGGGACUGCUGUGGACGGAGAUGUAUCCCGCUGGACAUGGCUGUUACCUGCAUGUAUCAGUUGGGAACUUUUAUUUGUCAAGCGGAGACGGAAUCUUAUAACACCUCAAAACUACGUGUCCUUGGAAUUUGUACUGGAGCGUUCGCUGCGGCGGCUGUCAGUUGCAGUGACAACACCGUGGGACUCAUACCGCUUGCCGUUGAGGCCGUCAUCGCUGCCUUUAGAACUGGAGUUUCGGUGAUAAAUGCGGCUAAAAGAGUUGCGCCAUGGAGUGGCGACAACCAGAGCUGGUCAAUCAUUGUUCCUGGAUCUUCAUCCACCAAAUCUGUUCAGAAAUUCACCGAAGAGACCAUAUUACCACGCACAAGCAUGCCCUAUAUUAGUGCAUAUGCCCCAAGCGGCAUCACUGUCAGCGGACCUCCCGAUUCUCUCGCACGACUCAUAGACUCCGAAAGUUUCAAUGGCCUGAGGCAAAAGAGUAUUUCUAUACACGGGCCAUAUCAUGCAUCCCAUCUGUAUUCCCAGUUUGAUAUCAACCGGAUUAUUGAUGGUCUGGCCAUCAAGAAUCCAGAACAAUCAUUCUCUCUUUUCACGGGUACAGGAAGCAGCGUGGAAAAAGGUAACUUUGCUACUCUCUUGGAAAAUGCAGUUCGACAAGUUCUUCUGGAGCCCAUCCAAUGGAAUAUCAUUUUGGAUGAACUGCAAAAUUGGAUCGGGGAUGUAGAUCCUACGUCUUUCACUAUCGUCCCCAUUGGGACCACGGCUGACCAACUGAUAUACUCCGCACUAAAACAGACCUCCUUACAGAGUUUGAUGCCUAGAGUAUAUCCCCAGGCUCGAGAGGCUCAUCCCAAAAGUCAUAUGUCGUCCGAAAAUUCCAAGACGCCGAAACUCGCGAUUAUUGGCAUGUCAGGGCGCUUCCCUGGCGCGAAAGACAACCAGGCAUUCUGGGAUCUUCUUUAUCAGGGAUUAGAUGUUCACAAGCCGGCUCCAGCCCUGCAUUGGGACGUCAAGACCCAUGUUGAUUCAACAGGAACAAAGAAAAACACAAGCGCAACACCAUUCGGCUGUUGGUUGGACGACCCAGCCAGCUUUGAUGCGCGCUUUUUCAAUAUCUCGCCUCGGGAGGCACCGCAGAUCGAUCCCGCGCAACGACUUGCCUUAAUGACUGCCUAUGAGGCAAUCGAGCAAGCAGGCAUCGUCCCUGAUGCCACACCUUCCACUCGACGCGAUCGUGUCGGUGUGUUUUAUGGGGUCACGAGCAAUGACUGGAUGGAAACCAACAGCGCUCAAAGCAUCGAUACAUAUUUCAUUCCCGGGGGCAAUCGUGCGUUUAUUCCUGGUCGUAUAAACUACUGCUUCAAGUUCAGUGGACCAAGCUAUGCUAUUGACACAGCCUGUUCGUCCAGCCUUGCCGGUAUUCAUCUUGCCUGCAAUUCUUUGUGGAGAGGAGAUGUCGAUACCGCCAUCACGGGAGGGACAAAUGUUCUCACAAAUCCCGACUUCACCGCUGGAUUGGACCGAGGGCACUUCCUGUCUCGCACAGGGAAUUGUAAAACUUUCGAUGACGGCGCAGAUGGAUAUUGCCGUGGCGAGGGCAUUGGAACCGUCAUUAUCAAGCGUCUGGAUGAUGCCAUUGCCGACAACGAUCCCAUACUAGGUGUGAUUCUUGGUGCCUAUACGAACCAUUCAGCGGAGUCAGAGUCAAUUACAAGACCUCAUGUGGGUGCCCAACGUGCAAUAUUCCGUAAAAUCCUCAACCAGGGAGGUAUCGAUCCUUAUUCUGUGAGCUAUGUCGAAAUGCAUGGCACCGGCACCCAAGCCGGGGAUGCUGGCGAAAUGUCCAGUGUUUUGGAUACCUUUGCACCGCCUCUGAGUCAGGUUCAGAAGGGUCGAACCCAUGAAGAAACACUUUACUUGGGAUCUGCCAAGGCGAAUAUCGGGCAUGGAGAGGCUGCCUCUGGUGUGUCCAGUCUCAUCAAAGUACUCUUGAUGAUGCAGAACAAUACAAUUGUUCCGCAUUGCGGGAUCAAGACCAAAAUCAAUCACAAAUUUCCAACGGACCUACAUGAGCGUAAUGUUAGAAUUGCGCUUAAAGCAACACCAUGGGAGAGAAAUUCCGAUUCAAGGCACCCUCGACGGGUUUUUGUCAAUAACUUCAGUGCUGCGGGCGGAAACUCGGCUUUGUUGUUGGAGGACGCACCACUUAUCCCUGAGCCUAUUGGAAUCGCUGAUCCACGAACCCAGCAUCUCAUCGCGGUUUCGGCUAAGAAUGGUGUCUCUCUGCAAGGUAAUCUCAGAUCUAUGCGGGCCUUCCUCAAUCAGAACUCCGAUAUCUCACUCGGCCAGCUGUCAUACACCACCACUGCAAGGCGUAUACACCACCAGCACCGUGUACUGCUUGCUGGCACAACUGUCAAAGAUAUUUGCGCGCAGGUCAUGGUAGCUCUGCAAGAGCAGACAGGAAUGACCCGGCCUAAAACCGCCCCAAAGCUCAUCUUUGCCUUUACUGGCCAAGGUGCCCAAUACCCUGGAAUGGGCAAGGACUUAUUUGAUAGCUUCUCUGUUUUCCGUACCGAACUCGUUCAUCUCGACGAGGUCGGACAGAGUCUAGGAUAUCCAUCUUUUCUACCUGUAAUCCGGUCCCAAGAGCAGGCGGACAUUGGCGAUUUCACUCCGACUGCCAUACAGCUAGCUAGUGUCUGUAUGCAGCUCGCGCUAACCAAGCUCUGGGCAUCAUGGAACAUCCAUCCGACCGCCGUCAUCGGACACAGUCUGGGUGAAUACGCAGCGUUGAACAUGGCCGGUGUCUUAUCAGAUGCAGACACUAUCUACCUGGUCGGAGCACGAGCUAAUCUCCUUCAGCAAAAGUGUACACGGGAUACUCAUGCCAUGCUUGUGGUAAAGGGAUCUACGAAUGAUAUUGCAAGGGUCCUGGGGGCCACAAAAUAUGAAAUCGCCUGCCGCAAUUCACCUACCGAGACUGUCUUGGCUGGAUCGAAUGAAGACAUCGCAGAUUUGAAAUCCCUACUCUCGGAUUCUGGGCUCAAAUCGACCUUACUUAAGGUUCCUUACGCAUUUCACUCUUCCCAGGUUGAACCAAUACUUGACGAUCUCAAGAGAGUGGCCGCUGGAGUGACUUUUGCGGCUGCGAAAAUCCCCAUUAUCUGUCCAUUGGACGGCAGUAUCGCUUAUGAUGCUCACAGCUUUGGCCCUGAGUAUCUUUCCCGUCACACUCGCGAACCUGUGAAUAUGUUUGAAGCUCUUCUGGUAGCGAAUCAUAAUAGUAUUUUUGCAGCCCAUUCGAUCACAUUGGAGAUCGGGCCUCACCCCGCUAUCUCAGGUAUGGUGAAGGCCGUUCUGGGGCCUCAAAUGAUAUGUGUCUCAUCGUCCCAGCGUGCUCGAUCUAUAUGGAACGUGCUGUCUUCUGCUUUGAAGAUUCUCUAUGAGGCCGGUGCUGAUAUUUGCUGGGCGAAGUACCAUACCGACUUCAAGUCAUCGCAUAAGGUUAUCCCGUUACCCGCGUAUAGUUGGGACCUUAAAGAGUACUGGAUACAGUACGUUAAUGAUUGGUCAUUACGCAAGGGUGAUCCUCCGUUGGUUAUUCGAAGUGGACAGAAGCUUCAGAGUACUACUAUCCAUCGUGUGGUUGAGGAGACAGGUGAUUCACAAAAGGGACAUCUUGUUGUGGAAGCCGACAUCGCACGCAAGGAUCUCAGUCCUCUCGUUCAGGGCCAUGAGGUCGACGGUAUUCCACUUUGUACUCCAUCCGUUUAUGCGGAUAUCGCACUGAGCUUAGGUUCAUAUAUUAUUCAGCGGGACCGUGCGGAUACGCAAGAUGAUUUCCUAGUGGAUGUCUCGGACAUGACUAUCUUCAAGGCUCUAAUUUUACGGGCUGAGGCGACGAAGCAAUUGCUUCAAGUUAACGCGGAUAUUGACUGGUCCACUGAGUCUGCUGCUGUCAAAUUCAUGUCGUUUGAUAGCAAGGAGAAGCUUCAAGAGCAUGCCCGGUGUGUGAUCCGCUUCAAGGAUCGGUCUCUACAGAAGUGUCUCCAAGAGAAUGCAGCAUCUGUGAAGCAGAAAAUACAAGCACUCCGCGAAGGGAUCGCUUUGGAAACCACAGCUCGGUUUAACCGCCCAAUGGUCUAUCGUGCAAUAAGGCCACUUGCACGAUUCCAUGACGACUACCGGGCUAUUGACGAAAUCGUCCUAAAUAGCGCAACACUCGAAGCCUCAAGCCAUCUCAGCUUUGGAAGCGUCAAACGUGAUGGCCACUUUCACACACAUCCCGCGAUUAUUGAUUCUUUGACACAGUCUUGUGGGUUUACGAUGAACUGCAAUGAUAAUACAGACUUGGAUGUGGAGGUUUUCAUGAAUCAUGGCUGGGGCUCAUUCCAGAUGUUUGAGACAAUGGACUUUGACAAGAAAUAUUCAACGUACACGCGAAUGGAAGAGGGCAAGGACAAGCUUUGGCAUGGUGAUGUUGUCAUUUUAGACGGUGAUCGGGUGGUCGCGUUCUUUGGGCAGAUUGCAAUUCAAGCUGUCCCUCGUCGUGUUCUGAAGGUGAUCCUCUCCAUUGAGAGUGGGAAAAAAUCUCAGAAUAAGCCGACUACAAGGGCCUCCGCUGGUGUGCCUGAUCAAACAUUACUUCCGGCUCCAGCCCCUAUGGUUUCAGGAUCAUCCAAUUUUUCAAAGGCCUUGGCUAUUAUAGCAGAUGAGAGUGGAAUUGCUAUUUCGGACUUGACUGACGGCACUGCGUUUGCCGAUGUUGGCAUCGACUCUCUGCUUGGACUCACGAUCUCUGCUCGCUUCAAGGAAGAGCUUGAUCUGGACGUUGACUUUGAUGCCCUGUUCAACGAAUAUCCCACAGUUGGUGAUCUGAGGACCGGUAUAGAAGGCACUGUCCCAAACGUUACCGCUCUCUCCACCCCUCGAUCUAGCGACAUUGGAACCGUGACUCCGCUCACUACUAGCACCUCCAUCACUAUACCUGGUCCGGACGAGUAUUUUGCCACACCUAAAUUUGGUUUCCAGCAAGCUCUCAACAUCAUUUCAGAGGAAAGUGGAGUCGCAGUCGAUGAAUUAACGGAUGACACAAACUUCGCAGACUCUGGCGUUGACUCCCUGUUGUCACUUGUGAUAGUCAGCAGGUUCCGCGACGAACUUGAGCUCGACAUACAGCAUGAGUCACUGUUUUUAGAGUGUCCAACUGUGGCAGAUCUGAAGGAUCUACUAACUGGAGAGAAUCAUUUCAUUGAUACACCUCAGUCGUCGCCUGAAGCCAAGCCCAUGCAGCUUCCAGAGAUACAAAUCCAGGAUUUCGCGGCAGAGAGAAAUAAUUCAAAAUGUAUGAUCGACAGAGCAUCUCUCAUAGCCCGCAAAGAGGCUGUCAAUGAAUAUGUGGAGAAAUAUACGGCUCUUUUCUCCUCACCUGGCUCUUCACCUUCUUCCUUGAUACCCAACAACAACGAAAAGGUCGUUCUUGUAACAGGUGCGACUGGAAGCCUUGGGGGUCACCUGGUUUACCACCUGGCUCACCUUCCAGACGUCAAGACCAUCGUCUGUCUCAACCGCGAGAACAAAGCAGAUCCCUAUAUAAGACAGCAGAAAGCCAUGCGAGAAAAAGGAAUCCGUUUUCCCGAAUUCCUCAAACCAAAACUUCUGGUAUUCCAAACUGACACCUCAAAGCCCAUGUUCGGCUUGAUCAAGGACGAAUACGAUGGGCUUGUGAGUUCGGUCACCCAUCUCAUCCACAAUGCUUGGCCUAUGAGCGCAAAACGCCCUCUAUCAGGCUUCGAGUCCCAAUUUCAAGUUAUGCGAAAUCUUAUCGACUUCGCAUCUGAUGUCGCAUCUCAACUUCCUGAGACUGUCAAAUUCAGCUUCCAAAUGGUUUCCUCCAUUGGCGUUGUCGGCCAUUACGGUCUUGAAACCCAUCAAGACAAAACCAUUGUGCCCGAGAGAGAAGUGGACAUUGAUGCUGUCCUUCCAAAUGGCUACGGAGAGGCAAAAUGGGGCUGUGAAAGAAUGCUUGAUGCAACGCUCCAUAAAUUUCCCACCCGGUUCCGCACGAUGGCUGUUCGCCUAGGCCAGAUUGCAGGCUCAAAGACAAGCGGAUACUGGAAUCCCAUGGAGCAUUUCGGAUUUGUGAUCAAAUCUUCGCAGACAUUGAACGCAUUACCAGAUGUCCCAGGCAAAGUAUACUGGACCCCAGUAAACGAUGUCGCAGGUUCAUUAGCGGAUCUUGUGCUCGCUGACAAUGUUCCACAUCCUAUUUAUCAUAUUGAAAACCCCGUGGGUCAGUCAUGGCGCGACAUGAACAAGAUUCUCGCGGAUGCGUUAAGCAUUCCGCAUCUCAUUCCAUUCCAGGAAUGGGUGGAACGUGUCAGAGCGGGACCCUCAAGGAAUAAUCCGGCGUCAACGCUCCUAGAAUUUUUGGAUAGUAACUACCUAAGGAUGUCCUGUGGAGAAUUGGUUCUUGAUGUGAAGCGUACACUUGAACAUUCGAAGACGUUGGCCACUGUGGGACCGGUGAGUGAAGAAAUCGCGAGAAAAUACAUUCAUAUUUGGAGAGAGAUUGGAUUUUUGAAUUAG